UUUGAUCUGUACUGUCGAGAUCAAUUUUCCGUAUAUUACGAUAAACAAAAGUUGAACAACAUCAAAUAGAAAAUGUUGUUUGACACAUAUAUAUUGAUGAAGUUAAUGUGUAUAGGUAUUGGAAAAAGACCCAACUGUUUGGUCUAAAUGGUUGGAUGAAAAAUCUUCCUAAGGAGUCAUCUAUUAUUCAUGCGAAUAAGAAGUUAUACUUUAGUAUAUAAUUGGAUUUCUCAGAUUUUGUGUGAAGUACACGAUUUAAAUCUUUUCUGAAGCACGAAAUAUUGAUGUAUUUGAGUUUAGUUUCUAUCGAAUGGAUAUUGAGAAAUACAUAUACAGUAAAACGUUUUCACUUUUGAUUUUUUCCUUUGUGAAAAUGUAUAUAGUUGAAUAGAGCUAUAGUUAGUGAAAUUGUUCGUUUUAUGUUAUAUAGAAUAGGAAUAUUGUGAGAAAACUUAGAAUUGCUGAGAGAUUGGAUAAUUUAUUCAUUUAUGUGUUAUAAAUUGCAAUUAGAAAUUUUUAAAUUGGUAAAAAAAAAAAUUGAUAUUAAAUGAGUGAAAUUUUAAUUGAGAUUGAAGUAUUGAAAUUUAAAAAAUGGCAUUAUUAAAUAUGAUAAAUAAAAUGGAUACUUCAGAAGCACCUUGCAGUCGAAAAGCCAAACGUCAACAGAAAGUUGAAAUCCAGCAAGAUGCAUUUGAUAUUGACGAUGAUGAAGAAAUUCCUAUCAUCACAGAAGAAACAGAAGAAGAACUUGCUGCAUUUGAAGCAGUAAACAGACCAAGAACAACUAGCGGAAAAAUCAGGGUUACAGAAGAAGACCGUCCAGAGACUGCAGCUAGUCUGAAAUAUAGGCCAAAAAGUGGAAGGUCAACAUUUGACAGCAGACCAACAACUGCAGUUACUUUAAAAACAAAGUCAAGGACUGUGAGUCGAGCUAGUAGUAGAAAGUCAAGAGCUGAGAGUGGAUUUUCCAGACAGGACAGAGGUCAAUACUAUGACAGCGACAGUGAUGAAGAACCAAGAUCUCCAACCAAGCGUGACUUGUUCCUGGAAGCUGAAUUAUCAAAUGUGGAUUCCAUAUUGGCAGACGACAAGGCUUUUGAUACAGAUCUCGAAGUUGAAGAAAUUGAAGAUCUGAUAGAAAACUUAUAUCCAAUAAAUAUUGGUGAAACCACCACUACCUAUGAUAGAAAAACAGAUUAUAUCAAUGAUUGUAAGAAGAACGGGAUAGUACCUGCAUCAUACUUCCUUCGUCACAUGGAAAAACCACAGUUAACCAUGAGCCAUCAUGGACUUGGAGAGGAGGGCAUGAAAUGUAUAGCUCGAUCUCUAGCUUCUAACACCACUGUGCUGAACCUUGACAUCAGUGAUAAUUGGUUAGGAGAUACAGGUGGUCUUAUUGUGUGUAACAUGUUGAAAGAAAAUAUCUACAUCACAGAUUUGACGUUACGAGACAAUAGACUAGGAUUUGGCUGUGCAGAACAGAUUGGAGAAGUGAUGAAAACCAAUUCAACUCUUACACAUCUUACACUAUCAGGCAAUCAAUUUGAUGACAAAUCUGCUAUUUUCUUUGCUGAUGCAAUCACUACUUCAAAAUUAGAAUACCUAAACCUUAGUCACAAUCGGUUUGGUGAGAUAGCAGGACUUCUACUGGGACCAGCUAUAGCAGAGAAUACUACAAUGAAAGAACUGGAUAUCAGUUGGAACAAUAUACGACGGAAAGGGGCCAUGGCGCUAGGACAGGGUAUUAAGAACAACGACUUUAUGAAAAAGAUGAAUGUAUCAUGGAAUGGCUUUGGUGUGGAAGGUGCUAUAUCACUGUGUGAUGCUUUAAAACAUAACCAAGUCUUAGAAGAGAUUAACAUAAUGAAUUGUAGAUUAACAACAGAAGCAGCUGUUUUGAUAGGCAAAGGUCUGUCUGUAAAUGAAAAUACAGCAUUAAAAGUUAUUAAGCUUGGUAAAAAUCCUAUGCAAAGUGCUGGAUGUUAUGGUAUCUGUGCAGCAAUACUACGGAAUCCAAAUUGUGUUCUUGAAGAAAUAGAUUUUGAAGAUGUUUUAGUAAAUAAAGACUUUGAAGAAGUUUUCAAACAAGUGAAAGAACAAUUACCCAAUAUAAAAAUGAAACAUGGCGGCAUGGAGCCACCUCAAAAACCAAAGGCCAAAAUACAUCCCAUGGUCAAAUUAAUGAACUAUAUUGAAAAGAACAAUUUGAAAUUAAUAGACUUUUUUAGUCAGUUAGAUAAGGAUGGCAGUAUGUGUAUUUCUUAUGAGGAGUUUGAACAGGGAUUAGAGGAAAAUGGAAUUAAAUUAACGAAAGAGGAAAUAGAACUUUUACUGGAGGAACUUGACAGUGAUGGGGAUGGAGACAUUAAUUUUAGUGAGUUAGCCACAGGCCAUACAGAAUUCAAGGAACGAACAGACAAUAUAAACACAAUACUAACCGCAUCACAGCCUAGACCACUUACAACUUGAUUUAUAUACAUUUGAACUUGAUUUGUCUAUAGUUGCCAUAAUCUAUGCAAUCAUAUUUCAGUUAAUUUCAGUAUAUCAAACUUGUGAUGUAUGUGCAUCACCAGUGAGAUACAGAAGGAGAAAAACAAAAAGAAAAUAUAUUCUAUAUUUUUUCUGAUAAAUGUAGCUUUGAAAAAAACAUUAUAUUUAGAGAGGUAAAUUCUCUGUAAAAUUGAUUUUUGAGAAUAUGGAAUGAAUGUACAUUAGUCACAAUCCGAUUCCGUAACUGCAAUAUUCAUACAUCUAAGGAUUACAUGUAGCUCUUUAAAGCUGUUGUUCAUAUUGACUAUGUUGAGAGUCAGCUACAAUGAAAUGUGAUGCUCACACUCUACAACAACAGGUAUUGUUUAAGGUAUAGGAAAGUGUAAAAUUUUGGAAAUCACGGAAACUUCUUCAGUAUUUUUUUCUCCAUAACAUAAGGGUGACUUUUCAAGGACUUACAUAUCCAGAUUUAGGACAAACAUAAAUACUUUCACUCAUAUAUAGAGAUUAAGAGAUUAGGACAAAGUAAAAUAAGUGCUAAGAGUGCUAGAAAACUUUUCUAGAAAAAAAUUCUAUAUAUCUGGUGUCAAUACUGAGGUUGUGAAUUCGAAACCCUGUAGUGGCAGGUGGAUUUUACUCCAAUCUUUAUUGACUCUGAUUGCUGGCAAAGUUUGGUGGAUCUAUUUAGGCACUCCAGCUUCGACCACCAUUUAAAAACUGGCUGUCACGAAAAAGCCAGUAGUGCUGAUAGUGGCGUUAAAUACCAACAAUCACUCAGUCAUAUAUAUCUUAAGAGCAAUAUAAUGUAAGAAUCAAAUCUUGAUCUCAAUGUCUUGCUUAUUGUAAAUUAAUUCAUGUAACUGUACUGUUUAUAGUUUGAGUCUCAGAGAAUUGUAAUUUUUAAUGAUUUUUUUUCAAGUCAGUUGACUUUUUUUAAUCAGAAAUUUAUGAAAAUAUAUGAAAUUAGAUAUGCUUAUAAAUAUAUAGUUUGAUCAGAUUAUAACUACAUGUAGGUGUCCUUCGAAAUAGCAUUUUUUGAUCACCAUAAAUAAAAUAAAACCUCUAUAAUAUGCAUAAUUGAGAUUGUAAUCAAGAGUCAAGAAAAAAAGAGAAGAUAUCAGUUAUUAUAGUCGGGUAAUAGGGACAAAGAAUUCAAAUUUUGUUUUGGAUUUUUCAUUGAUUCAAGUAGGCAUUCUUUUAUUCUUAUAAAAUGGAAUUGAAAUGUACAAAAUAUCCAAUGAAAUGUAGGUGAUGAAAAACAGCAAACAAGCAGUGCCUUAAUUUUUGUUGUUGUUACUCUUUAUUGUAAGAAUAUACAUUUUCUUGAACAAGAAUUCUUAUCUGAUGUCUUUCCUACUAAUAUUUAAUGUCUUUGGUUUAGACUUUUGUAUUAUGCUUGAAAACUUGAAUUUACUUCCGUCCAUGUAGAUUAUAUACUCUGUGAUAAGUAAUUUUACUUUAACAAUGAAUAACCAUUCCAAAAGCUAAGUAAAGCUAACCUUUGUAAUUGUUUUAAUGUUAAAGAUAUGUACUUAUAUAGUUAAUUUAAAAAAAAUAAAAAUGUCUUUCUUAAUUGUAUUGAAUAUUUCUGUAUGAUAAACAAAAUACAUAUAUCUAGCAACUAAUGUUGAUAUGAUUCUAUUAGAAAAAAACACUUUAUUAACAAUGAUGCAGUUGCAAUGAUAUUGUUUUUUGUUAAAUUUUUAUUGUGGGUAUUAUGAAUAAAUCUUGAGCUUUACAAGUCAACUUCAAGGUUUUGAUAUCUAAAAGAUGGAGCAGUUCUUUCAUAUUCAGCAUCAGAAUCAAUAAAACUCAUAUUAUAAUUGAAAAUAGAUUUUUGUUAUAUAUUAAAACUAAUAUUUGUUUUUAUUUGUUAGUGUGAUUGUCCAUUUGUUAUCAUAGAUUGCUUAUUUAUUUUUGUUCUGAUGACUUGAGGGUAUUUGUAAUUUCAAAUUUCAAUUCAAGUUCUUAAAAGAAGAUAAAAAGAUGAUUUUUUUUAAAUAAACCAUUAUUAAAAUU